AGAUCCAGGCACGCAACCGAGCCGCGGCCCCCCUGCGCCCUUGUCGUCGCCGCACCGUCCGUCCCCGCCCGCGUCAAUCCGUCGUCGUCGUCGUCUCCUCGUCACCCCGCGAGCUUUUUUCACCGCUGCCCUGCCCUGCCCCCGCGCCCGUUGACGUUUCCGGCCCCCAAUUCGAAAGCCUCGCGCUCCCCGUUGCUCCCUUCCUUGCCUAGGCGGCAACGCCCUCGUGCUUUAUAACCCAGCGGCCCCUCCCGCGUGAGGCAACCGAGACGGGAGGAGACCAGACCAGCAGCAGCCCAUCCGAACCCCGCCUCCUCCUCCUCCUCCCGGGUUCGCGUGAGGCUGUGUGCUGCUGGGAGGCGGCGCCGGCGCCGGCGCCAUGGAGGCGGAGAAGAAGCCGCCGGCGGUGUCCGACGUGGGCGCGUGGGCGAUGAACGUCGUCAGCUCCGUCAGCCUCAUCAUGGCCAACAAGCAGCUCAUGUCCUCCUCCGGCUACGCCUUCGCCUUCGCCACCACGCUCACCGGGUUCCACUUCACCGUCACGGCGCUCGUCGGGUGGAUCUCCAACGCCACCGGCUACUCCGUCUCCAAGCACGUCCCGCUCUGGGAGCUCGUCUGGUUCUCGCUCGUCGCCAACACCUCCAUCACCGGGAUGAACCUCAGCCUCAUGCUCAACUCCGUCGGAUUCUACCAGAUCUCCAAACUGAGCAUGAUUCCGGUGGUCUGCCUCAUGGAAUGGGUGCUCAACAGCAAGCACUACACCACUAAGGUCAUAUCCGCAGUCAUCGUCGUGGCCGCCGGUGUCGGGAUUUGUACUGUCACGGAUGUCGAGGUCAAUGCCAAGGGGUUCAUCUGCGCUUGCGUGGCAGUGUUCUGCACGUCGCUUCAACAGAUCACAAUUGGCUCCUUUCAGAAGAAGUACAACAUUGGAUCAUUUGAGCUGCUGAGCAAAACUGCGCCAAUUCAGGCACUUUCACUCAUUAUACUGGGCCCCUUUGUGGACUACUAUCUAAAUGGGCGGUCAUUGUUGAACUACCCUUUUUCAGGAGGGGCAACUUUCUUCAUACUGCUUUCCUGCUCCCUGGCGGUGUUCUGCAACAUGAGCCAAUACCUCUGCAUCGGGCGGUUCUCAGCGACCUCAUUCCAGGUCCUGGGCCACAUGAAGACCGUGUGCGUGCUGAUCCUGGGCUGGAUCCUGUUUGACUCGGCCCUCACCGUGAAGAACAUCCUCGGGAUGCUGCUCGCCGUGAUGGGCAUGGUGGUCUACAGCUGGGCCGUGGAAGCGGAGAAGAAGGCGGCAGCCCCGAUCCCCCGGAACAAGGGCGGCAUGCUCGACGGCGAGGACGUGCCCCUCAAGGCCAGGGUGAGCGGCGUGCCCGCGGUCGACCUCGAGGACGGCGACGUGAAGGGCUAGCCGCUGAUCCGUUCAUUCUUCUCGUUCUUUUGUAACUGUGCGCGCGCGGUCGCUCGAUGCAAAGUUGCUUGUUCGUCGGUUCUCAGCUAUCGACACUACACUGUUAAUUUUGUUGGCCCCUUGUUGGGGGGAGUCUGCUCGUAGGUGACCCCCCCUCCCCCGGGUUCGACGUAGAUGAAACACACGCGGGCAAAUUGUUAGGAUUUUUCAGGCGGGGAGGUGGCGACAUGCUGUUAUAGAUGGUGACAAGACUUUAUAUAAUGGAAAUGCAGGUGUUUUU